AUGGGAGUUGAGAUCUUUGUCGUUACAGGUUCCGGGCAAGGUCAUCUCAACCCUUGCAUGGAACUCUGCAAACACCUUACCUCCCGUAAUUACCAUACUACCCUCGUCGCUCCUUCAAUCGUCUCCUCUGCCAUACCCUUCUCUUUCACCCAAAACCCUUGUACGAGCACCGUUCAUGUCGCCGGGUCUUCGGGUCCGCCCGUGCCUGGUCAAGACCCAAUGCGCCAACAAGCCUCUCAGGACCUCGAAACCCACCUAGCGAGCCGGUUGUCCAAGGAAUCGACCCACCCACUCUGUGCCAUCAUCGACUUCCAAAUGAGUUGGAGCAAAGAGGUAUUUUGGAAAUUCAACAUUCCGGUGGUCGGCUUUUUCACUUUUGGAGCGUGCGCCGCUGCCAUGGAGUGGGGCGCGUGGAAGGUUCAGGCCGCGGAUAUCAAACCGGGUGAGCUCCGGAUCAUUUCCGGGUUACCAGAAGAGAUGGCUUUCGAGCAUUUGGAUCUCAAACGAAGACCUGAAGGCCCGCCACCUGGCGGUUUUCAACUUGGCGGUCCACACGCCGCGGGUUCGAACCGGCCGACACGUAGAGGUGGUGCACCUAAACCGGGUGAUCGUCCUCCCUGGGUUCCGGAGAUAGAGGGCUCGGUAGCUUUGAUGUUCAACACGUGUGACGAUCUGGAACGUACGUUUAUUGAUUACAUGUCGAAUCAGAUGGGUUUGCCCGCAUGGGGUGUUGGUCCACUACUGCCUGAAGAGUACUGGAUUUCAUCAUCAUCAGAGUCAUUGAUUCGUGACCGUCAGAUCAGAGAGCACAAGCGCCAGUCAAACUACAGAGAGGAGCAUGUGAUCCAAUGGUUGGAUGCUAAGCCACGUGGGUCAGUACUCUACGUGGCUUUUGGCAGUGAAGUGGGUCCCAGCAAGGAUGAAUAUCCACAGUUAGCCAGUGCAUUGGAAGAAUCAACCCGACCAUUCAUUUGGGUCAUCCAAUCUGGGUCAGGAAUACCCGGUAGCACCAAAGAGGUGUAUUUUCCAGACGGUUUGGAUAGGAAAGUGGGAGAGAGGGGUCUGAUAAUAUGUGGAUGGGGACCACAAUUAUUGAUACUGAGCCAUCCGUCAACGGGCGGAUUUCUAUCACAUUGUGGGUGGAACUCCACGGUGGAAGCAUUUGGGCUGGGGGUCCCACUAUUGGCAUGGCCCUUUAGGGGUGACCAAUACUACAAUGCCAAGUGGCUGAUAAAGCAUCUGAAAGUGGGACACAGAGUUUGUGAAGAUUCAUCACAAAUGGUUACAAAGGAUGAUAUAAGCAGGGGAAUAGAAGUGAUAAUGGAAGAUGAGGAAAUUAAGAAAAAGGCAGGGGCAUUACGUGGGAAACUUGCGCAUGGAUUUCCACAGAGCUCAGAAGAUGCAUUGGAUGCUUUUGAGCAUUUUAUUAGCCAAAGCAAAGUCUUGCACAAAUAA